AUGAGGCGCUUAAGUUGGAACUGCCAAGGGCUUGGGAACCUUUGGACAGUUCAAAGCCUUCACAAAUUAGUGAGGGAACAAGUUCCUAAUGUAUGUUUCUUGAUGGAAACAAGGUUAGAUAAAAGUGGUUUUGAGAAGCAUUGUGGUGACUUACCUUUUAAAAAUAAAUUGAUUCUGAAAAAGCCAAAUUCGAGUGGUGGGUUGGCAUUACUGUGGAAAGAAGAGAUGAACUUAGAUGUUAUUAAUUUUACCGAUAACCAUAUUUUAGCAAAGGUAGUGGAAGACGAUGGUUUUGUGUGGCACCUCACAGGGUUCUAUGGAUGGCCAAAGGCAAAUGAAAAGCAGAAGUCAUGGGCUCUUUUAACUCAUCUACGGUUUUUCAUUGAGGGUCCUUGGUGUUGUAUAGGUGAUUUUAAUGCCAUUCUUCAUGCAUCUGAAAAGCAAAGUGUCCAUGCACCUUAUUAUAAUCAAAUGGAGGAUUUUCGGGUUGCUUUGGAGGAUUGUGGGCUGGCUGAUUUGGGGUUUUCCGGGCAUAAAUGUACAUGGACUAAUAGGCGGCCAGGUUCAGCCCAUACAAAACAAAGGCUGGAUAGAGCUACAGCUAAUAGGGUGUGGAUGGAAAAAUUUCCUGCAAGUUCGGUGUCUCAUUUGUUCAGCCAUGCUUCUGAUCAUCUACCUAUUUUGUUGAAAACUAUGAAGGAUCAGCAAGUUAGAGGAAGGGGGUUUGGUGGCUUCAAGUUUGAAGAGAACUGGUUGUUGUGGGAUGAUUGUGAGGAAGUCGUGACUGAGGCAGGGGCAAAAGGUGGUGGUGACAGCUUAGGUUUGAGAGGUGUUAGGGACUGUAUCCAAACUUGUGGGGCUGAAUUGUAUGCUUGGGGUUCUUCAAAGACCAAACUAGAAACUUAG